AAUGACUAUUCGCGUCCACCCAACAACCAACCACAUAAUGUUGCACCUGUCGAUGAUGAGACUCACAAACGAAUGGUUGAAAAUUUUCUAAGAGAUACGCGACAAUCUCAACCGUCACGCCAUCGCCAGGCUGCUCGAACUUCGAAACGCAAUCGAUCCAGAACCCCAUCCCCGGAGCGAAAGAGAAAGCGUUCAUCGCCGGUAAUAGCAUCUCAAUGGGAUGUGGAGCGUAGAUCAUUGUCCCCAUUGCGAGACGGCGAUAUCUGGCAGGCUUAUAGACAUAUGGUUGAUCACAGUGUGCGUGAAUUGAAUACAUCCUUUGAGGUAUACAAAUCAGAUCCUGAGGAGCAUCCGCUAUACAAGGACGAGUGGCAAAAAUUUUGGAAACGACGUAAAGAUGAACUCAUAGCCUCUGGCAUUAACCACCGCACUUACAAUUAUCAAGGCGAAUGGAUUCUGUUCUUUAAUGCUCGCUUGGAAGAACUGUACAAUCAAGAUCUUGAGAAUAUUAAGAUUAAGUGCCGUGAAAGAUUGUGUUUACCAAUGACAAAUAAUGAAUUGACUGACACCAAAUAUCACGUAAAUGUCGCUGAUUAUCUUCAUGAGCCCGAAAUUGAGCCACUUCAGGAACCGGCCCACAUUGAAAAUACCGUGGAGCAUCGUCGAGAACCCAUUGAACAUCGGCGAGAGCCAAGUCCCCCCAAACCCAAGCCAAAGCCCAGAGAGGCAAGAGAAGAAGUUAAUGUAAUUCAUGUGCUUCGACUCUUAACAGCACUUGAAGAUUACUUAGGAAGUUUAGGCCCCAACAUUACGGAAUUAUUAGCCAAAGCUCUACAGAUAUCUAAGGUGCAUCCAGACAAGGUUAACAGUUUGAUUCUCUCUCCCGAAAAUUGUGUCGUUUUGGAGACGGCAAAGGAAAAAUUUACGGGUCUAAUAAUUUCCAAAAUGCUGGAAGGCAAUCAAGAGCGAGCACUGAAAAAGGCAGUCAACGAUACUGAAGCAUUGCUGGAGUUUGCUGCUGAAUUGACGGCUCAAGGUUCAAAUGAAAACGAGAAAACUACUGAAAACAGCAGUACCGCCGGACCCUCUCUGAGCAAUUCUUACUCAAAUCAGGAAGUUGCUCAAAAGACAAAGUCAACAGGAUCAUACAAAAUAUCAGAUCAAUUUGAUAAAUCCGAACUGGCUGCCAAAUUAGCCUCAUCAUUGAUCUCACAAGGAAAAACAAAGAUUAACCCUGAACAGUUGAAGCAAAUUAUUCAAGUUUACUCACUAAUCGAGCAGAAAAAACAUCAAGAACCUUCUUCAAGCACAACGAACGCUGGUAUUAACUCAUCAAGUAUUACAUUUAGUAGCAAUACUAGCGAACGCCAACAAUUGUUGAACUUAAAUCCUUCAGAACAAAAUCGAGAACAAGCUUAUUACUUCAAUUCUGCCACACAAAAUCGUGGAUCUUAUAACCCGAAUGCUGACACACAGAAUCGAGAUUCGUUUAAUUCAAAUCCUGUAGCACAAAAUCGCGAAUCUUAUAAUUCAAGUUCUGCAGUACCAACUCGGAAUCAGUUUAAUGCAAGUUCCGCCCAACAAAAUCCCAAAUCAAAACUUCCGGCUCAAAAUCAACCAUUUUAUAACUCUAAUUCUAACCAUGAUCGUCAAACAUUUACAAAUCAAAAUCAAUUCAUGAAUUCUAACAUGACAAGCGAUAUGCAAAACAUGCAAACUAGUUCGAAUUACUUCUCUGCAAAUAUGGCUCAAACAAAUAAUACAAUUUUCAAUAAAAACACAUAUGGUGGAAACGCUAUGGAAUACAAUAACAGCGAUUUGCCGGAUCAACAGUAUAACCAAUUCAAUGACAGUGGACAAUUUAAUAACAAUAGGAAUCCCUCAUCUAUGUACGCAAAUAGGACAUAUCCUUUUGGCUCGUCAAAUAACAACACCGGAGACAGACGCAACUGGAUGUAAACUGAUGUGCCCUAUGCUGAUUAUGAUCUGAAACCCUUGCAAAUACAAUUUGUUGUAAUGCUAGUUAUUAUUUUUUAAAUAUAUCAUUAUGGAAGAAAAUGAAAUAUGUAUGUGAUUAUGUAAACAUAUAAUUAAUUUUGAA